CGCUCCUUGGGCUGGCGCAGCGAAGGUUGCUGUCGCCCUGUCGGGUGGCCGCGGCGGCGAUCGAGGCGAAGCUGCUCGUUGGCUCAGCUGUGUAUGGAGUCCCAAGGGCGGCUGGAGGACUUGAAGAGGGCGCAGGAGCCCGGCGUCGCCUCCCAAGUUUGGCUUCCCUUGGCGCGGAAAUAAAAAAACGAAUCCCAACUGGCUGUUUUUUGUCUGAGGAGGACCUGCUAAAAAUAAGGAGGGAGUUGUGGUAUUAAGGAAUGCCCUUUGACUUUACGCGUUACUCUACUACCAGUUGAAAAGAUGCCUGUGACAGACCAGGCUUUUGUGACUCUUGCCACUAAUGAUGUUUAUUGCCAUGGAGCUCUGGUUCUUGGACAAUCCUUGAGAAAUUAUAGAACAUCUAGAAGACUGGCAAUACUAAUUACACCUCAAGUCUCCAGGGCAAUGAGGGCUGCCCUCAGGACCAUCUUUGACUCUGUGGUUGAUGUUAAAGAAAUUGACAGCAAUGACUUGAUGCACUUGACUCUGCUGAAGAGGCUGGAACUGGGUGUAACUUUUACCAAACUGCAUUGCUGGACUCUUACUCAGUAUAGCAAAUGUGUCUUCAUGGAUGCAGAUACAUUGGUGCUUUGCAAUGUUGAUGAACUUUUUGAGCGGGAAGAAUUCUCAGCAGCUCCAGAUCCCGGUUGGCCAGACUGCUUUAACAGUGGUGUCUUUGUUUUCCAACCUUCUUUGAAAACCUUCAAACAUCUCCUUCAAUUUGCCAAUGAACAUGGUAGCUUUGAUGGAGGUGAUCAGGGAUUGUUAAACAGUUUUUUCAGCAGCUGGGCAACCAAAGAUAUUAAUAAACACUUGCCAUUUAUCUAUAAUCUAAGCAGCAGCACUGUCUAUACAUAUGCUCCUGCUUUCCAGCAUUUUGGUAAAGAUACGAAGGUGAUUCAUUUUUUGGGACCAGCAAAGCCCUGGAACUACAAGUACAAUCCCCAGACAAGAACAGUUACACAGAAUGAUUCAACUCCUGUAUCAGAAAAUCAGCUGCCAUUCCUAGAACUUUGGUGGAUAAUAUACAGGUCCAGUAUAUUGCCAUUACUGGAAAAACUGCAAGAGCCUCCAAUCCAGCAAGAGGAGCCCAACAUGAACAAUGAUGAGCAGACAUCUGAAAGAGAAAAUCCUCUUAUUAAUAAUUCUUUGCCAGCCUCAACAAAUGCAGAAUGUAUCUCAGAAUCUGUUGUAAAUCCACCCUGUGAGUUAUCUGCCAAAAAUAAUAUUGCUGUAAAGAAAGCUGAGUGCAGCCUUGAAGAGGAUAUUGUUGAACCAAGCAAGUCCUUCACAGAGUUCUCUGUUCAGCCUGUUCCUCAGCAGACACUGGUAACAAAUGAGUUUACCAGCUCUGUUGCAGAGGUUGCUGUUCAACCAGAGCCAAAGGAAUCAAGUGCGGAUGAACGAAGAAAAUGGGAGGAAGGCCAUAUUGAUUAUCUGGGGAAGGAUGCUUUUGAAAACAUUAAGAAGAAGUUAGAUGCCUUUUUAUUAUAGGUGUUCUUUUUGAUCCUUAUUGCAGCUGAUCUGUUUACAUUUUCAAUGCAUGCAAAACCUUCAGGAUUAGAUCUUUUGCUUUGGUGAAAAGGAAAUUUAAGCAAAAAUAGAUUUUCUGAUAUGACUGUACUUGCAAGCACAGCUGUAUAUGUAUUUGGCAGUGUUUAGUCUCAGAGAAUGAAAUGCAUGGUGCUUUUAAAACUUCCUUUUGCUGAGUCAAACUUUGGUUCAACUUGUCCAGAACCUUAUUUAGCUUAGGAAUAACCUCCACAGUCUUGAAUCCUGUAAAUUUUGUAACUGGAAAAUUAAUCUGAAUCAAUAAAGAAUGGUUUUAUAUACUCAGA